CGACCUCCACAUGUUGGGCCGUGGGCAGAGGAAAAGUUGAUGAAAAUAAUUUCUUUGUAUUGAUUUAGCCAGUCCAUAAAUCCUUGGGGGUCGCGAACCGCUUUAGAGGAGAGAAGAUGGACCUGAUCACUAUACUUGAGAAGACCGUCUCUCCAGAUCAGAAUGAACUGCAGGAGGCUCAAAAGUACCUAGAACAAGCAGCAGGACAAAAUCUACCUGAGCUUUUACGGCAGCUGUCGGAUAUUUUAAAACAUGGCGGGAACAGCCCCGUGGCCAGAAUGCAAGCUGGGUUGCAGUUAAAAAAUGCCCUCUACUCCAAGGAUGCAGCUGUGAAAUUAGAGUACCAAACAAGAUGGCUGGCUUUUCCAGAGGAAGUCAGGACUUAUGUCAAGAAAAAUAUAUUAGAGACACUGGGCACUGAGCAGACCCGGCCCAGCUCCGCGGCUCAAUGUGUGGCCUACGUGGCCUGUACUGAGCUGCCCAAUGGUCAGUGGCCAGACCUGAUGGCUGUGCUGGUCCAGAAUGUGACCAAUGCUACCAGCACAGAGAUGAUGAAGGAGUCCACUUUGGAGGCUAUUGGUUAUAUAUGUCAAGACAUUGACCCAGAAAUACUUCAAUCACAGUCUAAUGAAAUCCUCACAGCUAUAGUUCACGGCAUGAAGAAGGACGAACCAAGCAACCAUGUAAGGCUAGCAGCAACAAAUGCAUUGCUUAAUUCCUUAGAAUUCACAAAAGCAAACUUUGACAAGGAGCAAGAGCGUCACUUCAUCAUGCAAGUAGUCUGCGAGGCCACUCAGUCGGUGGACACACAGGUCAAGGUUGCCGCCCUGCAGUGCCUGGUCAAGAUAAUGUCCCUCUACUAUCAAUAUAUGGAGCACUAUAUGGGGCCAGCCUUAUUUGCUAUCACCAUGGAAGCCAUGAAGAGUGAUGUGGAUGAGGUAUCUCUGCAGGGUAUAGAGUUCUGGUCCAGUGUUUGUGAUGAAGAAGUGGAUUUGGCCAUAGAGGCUUCAGAAGCUGCUGAGCAGGGCAGACCCCCAGAAAGGACCAGUAGGUUUUAUGCAAAAGGCGCCCUUCAGUAUUUAAUUCCCAUCCUAACCCAGGUCCUCACAAAACAGGAAGAGUUUGAUGACGAUGACGACUGGAACCCUUGUAAAGCAGCAGGAGUGUGUCUGAUGUUAAUGGCGACGUGUUGUGAGGACGACGUAGUCCCUCUGGUCCUCCCCUUUGUAAAAGACAAUAUCCAGAGUCCAGACUGGAGGUUUAGAGAUGCUGCAGUUAUGGCCUUUGGCUCAAUUUUGGAAGGCCCAGAUCCUCAGAACCUUAAACCUAUUGUAGAACAAGCCAUGCCAAUGCUGAUCAACCUUCUAAAGGAUCCCAGCGUAGUGGUACGAGAUACUGCAGCCUGGACGGUGGGGCGUGUGUGUGAAUUGCUACCUGACGCCGUGGUCAAUGAAGUGGUACUGAAACCACUGCUGCAAGCUCUCGUGGAAGGUCUCCAGUCUGAGCCCAGGGUGGCCUCUAAUGUCUGCUGGGCAUUCUCCAGUCUUGCUGAAGCUGCCUAUGAGUCUGUGGAAAUCCCAGAUGACGCUGAGGAGCCAGAUACCUACCCACUGUCUGAGUACUUUGAGGCCAUCAUACAGAGGCUUCUAGAAACCACAGACAGAAAUGAUGGCAGCCAGCACAAUCUGAGAAGUGCAGCAUAUGAGGCUUUGAUGGAAAUGGUGAAAAAUAGUCCAAAGGAUUGUUAUGUCACAGUUCAGAAGACGACAUUGGUGAUAUUGGAAAGGUUGCAGAGAGUCUUACAAAUGGAAGGCCACAUCACGUCCAGUAAUGACCGUGUCCAGUAUAAUGAUCUGCAGUCCCUGCUGUGUGCCACACUCCAGAGCGUCCUGAGGAAGGUGACACCAGAGGACGCCCCCCACAUCUCGGACCCCAUCAUGACAGCCCUGCUACAGAUGUUACAGAACUCCUCAGGCAGGGCAGGCGGUGUACAGGAGGAUGUGCUUCUGGCUAUGUCCACUCUGGUGGAAGUCUUAGGAGAACAGUUCAUCAAAUAUAUGGAUGCAUUUAAGCCGUACUUACUGGUAGCUCUGAAAAACCAUGCAGAAUAUCAAGUGUGUCUGGCAGCAGUUGGCCUUACAGGAGAUAUAUGCAGAGCUUUAGGAAACAACGUCCUGGCAUAUUGCGAUGAGCUGAUGACUGUACUAUUGGAAAACUUAGGGGAUACAAGUGUUCAUAGGUCCGUGAAGCCUCAGAUAUUGUCCGUGUUUGGGGACAUAGCUCUAGCCAUUGGGCCGGAGUUCAAGAAGUACCUGGAUGUAGCUCUCGGCACACUGAAACAGGCCUCAGAAGCACAAGUAGACAAGACUGACUAUGACAUGAUAGACUAUCUGAAUGAGCUGAGGGAGGGAUGUCUGGAGGCCUACACUGGAAUAGUGCAGGGGUUGAAAGGUGACGGAGAACAGCCUAAUCCUGAUGUGAAUUUAGUUCAGCCACACGUGCCUCACAUGAUCUCCUUCAUAGAGCACAUAUUCCAAGACGAAGACCACACUGACGGCAACAUUGCAGCAAGCAGUGGAUUGGUCGGUGAUCUGGUUUGUGCCUAUGGUGAGGCCAUCCUACCUCUGGUGGACAAGGGUGCCAUCACCAACCUGCUGACCAAGGGGCGCAGGUCCAAGACCAACAAAACCAAGGCUCUGUCCACCUGGGCCACAAAGGAAAUACGAAAACUCAAAAAUACAUCGUCUUGAGAACAACAUUUGAUGCAUUGGACAAACUGAAGAUGAGCCCAAGGAGAGAGGAGUUUCGUGGCUCAACGAAUGCGAGGUGUGUGCGUGAGUGUAUGCAUGGUGCCUCAUACAUCAUUCUGAUCAUGAUGAGAGUUGACAAGACAAGACAAGCAGUCUGCUGCUGCUGCUUCAUUUGUCCUGGAAAUAAAAGAGGGCACAUAUGGUUAUAUAACAUUAAAACCCACCCUUACCUCCAGCACCAGAGCCGAGGUGAUGGAACAUACUGGAUGCUGAUUGUUAUCAUGCCAGACUCUAAUACACACGGACCUGGGUAUGACGUCAUCGUAAUAACAGUUUUUAAAAAACUUGUUAUGAGUUUUCAACCAGAAGCAUCAUCUGUGAGUGAAUGAAUGAGAGUGAUCGAUCACGCUGUAUGCAGAGAGAGUGGUGGUAGUCUCUCUGUCUGAGGAUUCUGUUCAACAUAUAAUAUUGAGAAUCUCACUGUGGAGAAGUGGAGGUGAAUGAUAUCAUUGAACUUUGUAAUCAGUCGAGUGUGCUGCCUAGUAGACCCUGGGUAGUUUUUGGGACAGUUUAAUCAAACAGAUAAUGAUAAUAUUGAAUUGAGAUCUUUGGUUUGGGAGGAUUUAGGGGAUACUCUGAUCAUGAGCACCAAAUAUUUUAUUCUGACCAAUGGACCUGAAAGUGCACCUAGAGUUUGGUUAGCAUAUAAAAUUCCACCCAUGGCUGGAAGUAUUUGGGCAACAUUUGCCUCUAUAUAAUUAAACAACACAUGACUUUUUGCCAUCUUAAACCCAAAAUCCAAAACGGUGUGUCAUAUUCAGAUAUAUGACUAGUGUCAAAAGAAAUUUAUCUCAGAAAAACUUAUGGCAAGAUGAGCUCAUUCUGCUUCACAGAUACUGCUACCUCUACGUAAUAAUGGUUAAUGGCCACCUCGUCCACUGGUCACAGAAUCGUAGGAAUCGUCCGAGAUAGCCCAAUGGUUCUUAUAACAUAGCAUGAAAUUGGGUAAGAUUUCAUUGGAUUUAGAGAAGUAGGAUCAGAGAUGACUCGGACAAGCAACUGCAGCGUGGGAAAAAAUGUAUUCAAGGAUUUUUUUCCGGUUGAAUUACGUUGCUUACCAAGGUGACAUUCCAGCGCAUAGUGUUUCCAAGUUAUCGCUGAGAAGGUCUGCCCCACUACAUGCAGUGUCUUGCAGGAUUUCCAUUGGUUGUCUCAGUAGAGAGGUGACUAGUUCCAUGGUAUUAUUUCCUCCCGCAUCCCCCCCACAGUGGUCACGGGGCUAUAGAGAUCAUACGGAUCUGGACCCAUUGAUGAGUGAAUGCAUGAAUGUCCCCCAUUCUUCAUAGAACAUGUGAGAAUGUUGUUAGUGUAACUUGGUACGAUCAUCUGUUCUGUCAAAUGUAUAAGUUUACUUUAUUUGUAUGUUAUGUGUAUGUUAUGUAUAGGUUUCCUCAUGGAUGGGACUGUAGUAUAUUAAAUGAACCUAUCUUGAACUUGAUACACUUACAUCUCUUUAUUCUCUUUUUGUGUAAAAUACUGUAAAUCGCUUGUUAUGCAGGUGAGGCUACCAAAAAUCUUGCUUGAUCUUCAGUAAAACUUGUCACAAACUUGGAGAAUAUUUAAGUUGGCAUAAAGAUUGUCAUUUCCUCUCUCCAUGACUGGCAUGAAUUAAAGCAAUUUGAUUGUCUCUUGAAUGCUUUGGCUGUUUAUGCAUUUCCCCCCGAGACGGUAGCCACCAUAAAUAGCAAUUUUCUUGUUAUUAGUUUGAAAGUGCAUCAUAUUUAUUGAUAUUUUACAAUUGACAGACAUACUGCACUUAUUUUCAUAUUAAGGUAAUAUGUUCACAACAUUGUCAAAUAACACUGGCUUCAAAUUGCAGUGUAACAUGAAAAACAAUGCUAUCCUUAAAGUGUUACAGUGUAGUUUUACUACCAAUUCUGAGUCUGAUUUUGCCAUUGAAUCGGAACAUUUGAUGAUACUGUUGUGAUUCUAAAAUUUCAAGUUCUCAGGUCCUGAUACGUUGUGUAAGCUAGUUAAAAGGACCAUUAAGAUGGUUUCCAUAGAAACCAAUUCUAGAGGUUGAAUUAAUAGCAGUGAAUACUUUCCCUGUCUGCAGGCCAGAUAAUUUGCUACUUGGAAGUUUUUCUUGGUUCAUUUCAGAACAUUGCAUAUUCUGUUUCUCCAGUUACUCGGUUUACACAAUGCAGUAGAGUAAUUUGCCAAAUGCAUUAAAACUGUAAAUUGCCUCAGUUUGUUUUCCUGCAGAUUCUGAUUUGUCAAAAUAUUUGAAUAAACUAUGUUAUGCAGAUGCUUUAA